GGUCUCUAGCGCAACUCGUGUGCCUGUGAUUCCCUACCAGCCAAACAACCCCGCCUCCCAAGUGAAUGCUCUCAAGUCAGCCUAUCUGAUGGCAGGGGGACAUGACUCCAACCUAGUGCGACAGAUGAACGAGACUAUGGGGGAUGCAGUGGCCAGACAGGCGGGCAUGGGAAUGGGAGUGGGGGCUACUGGGGAAAGAUUUGGACCGCAGACUUACAUGGGGGUGGUGGAGCCGACGAUGCCCCCUGCAGAUACACUUAAGCUGCUGGAGUUUGAGAAGGAGAAUAGACUGAUAAUGCACGAGUUAGAGCUGUUGAGACACAAGCGCACAACAGAGGUGGACAUAGUGGAGAAGGCACAGAGGGAUCAUUAUCUGAAGAUGAUGAACACUCAGCACGAGAUAGAGGCACUGAGGGCGGAGGCAUACCUCAGACAGAUUAGAGACUACCUCAAUCCACCAGCGCCACCUCCUGUGCCUAUCAAGGAGUCGCCUCACCUGAUGAUGCCAAACAACCCCCACUACAACAACCAAUACGACAGUCUUCACAGUCAACCAUACGACCCCACUGCUGGCUUUGUCAUAUUUUACGACUUCCUGCUGAACAUAGAGCCAGUGUACGAUAGAACACAACUGAUAGUGUCCCUCUACAAUGGACCCCACGAAGUCUGCACUGCCAGAGUGUUGCCGGAGAGAGACUGUUUCCCCCAGAGUGCAACCCCUCAGCCUAAUAAUCCCCUGGAGUUGCCAACCGCUGGAGGGGCACUCAAGUUCUGCCUGUUGUCUAUCAGUCAGCCUGUACAGAAAUGUCGCCCUGGGCCUGACUUGACGUUGGUGGUUGAAGUGCAGGCUCAGAGUAGCUACGUGCCCCGACAGAAGACCAUUGGGUGGGGUAAGGUGUUGCUGUUUGACAACCAACUGAGGGUGCUAAGUGGCAGGUGGAGAACCCCCAUCCGCCUCAUCCCCAUCCGCGCAGACAUGAUUGUCAAGGAUCUCAACACCAUCCCGCAGUGUGGUAUGAUGGAGCUGUACUACCGGAUUGCAAACUACAGAGACGCAGAUGUACAGGCGUCAGUCAAGAUCAGUCCCCUAAACUGCACCGAGUACAAGUACUCCCCACAGUCAUUCGGCCAACCCGUCUACUACCAGCCAAACCCUAAUCCGACUCAAAGAGCUGCUGAUCCAGUUGCCGAAGAAGCCCAGCCAGUAGUAUCGGGGGAUAGAGAAGUAGUACUACCAGAGUACGACCCCAAAGACAAAACUGUUCCCCCACCGCCCUCUUCUAACACCAACCCUCCUAGCUCAGUAACUCGGCCGGCAGGAGCUGUCACCCGACCGGGGGGAUCUGUCACGAGACCAGGAGGGGGGUCUGUGACUCGACCAGAUAGACCCAGUCCCAAAAAAGACCCCACACGUCCUCCAUCUACCACUAGCCCCCCUCCGUCACAGACGGCUUCGGCGUCAAAUGCGAGCCCCAAGAAGACCUGAGACUUGCUUCUUUAUUAAAAAACCAACCUGAGUUAUACUGAUGACUAUCUUACUAGCUAGACAGGUGAAUAAACUGUCUUGCAAAGAUUUGAGAAAAAAAAAAAUAAUUUCGGUAUAAUAACUGAAGCUACUACUUCGAACUGCUGACCUAUCAAAAAUCCUCGAGGAUUUUUUGAAGUUUAAUCAGAGCGCAAUUACCCACCAAUUCCAGACUGCAAGUUUGGCUCGAAAUCAACCAUCAGAAAAGACUUCAAGAACCAGUACU